AGGAAGUGCGUUGGGGGUUGAGAGAGAGAGAGAGAGAGAGAGAGAGAGAGAGAGAGAGAGAGUCGUUUUUUGGCGCCCUUUCUACGAAGUAUUUGGUUGAACGGCCCUUCAGAUUCUAUCCUCUCCCUUCUAUUUUCUGUUUUUCUUUUCCAAUUAGAUUUAAAUUACUUCAGCCCUCUCAGUUGGCGUCUUAGUUGCAAUUGGCGGCAUCUCUCUCUUUUUCUCUUAUCCGAUUCCAAAGCUUGCUUCAAUGGCGUCGGAGGAACGGCGUCUAGCAAUCAAGAACGCGAAAGUACUAAUGGUUGGGGCAGGCGGCAUCGGUUGCGAGCUUCUCAAAACUCUCGCUCUAUCUGGUUUCCGAGACAUUCAUAUCAUUGACAUGGAUACAAUUGAAGUGAGUAACUUAAAUAGACAAUUUUUGUUUAGAAAAUCACAUGUCGGGCAAUCUAAAGCAAAAGUUGCUCGAGAAGCUGUCCUAAGAUUUAGGCCUCACAUAAAUAUUAAAGCCUACCAUGCUAAUGUCAAGGAUCCCGAGUUCAAUGUGGAUUUCUUUAAGGAAUUCAAUGUUGUUUUGAAUGGUCUUGAUAACUUAGAUGCAAGGAGACAUGUGAAUCGCCUUUGCUUGGCAGCUGAGGUCCCUUUAGUUGAAAGUGGAACAACUGGGUUUUUAGGGCAGGUUACUGUCCAUGUAAAAGGAAAAACCGAGUGCUAUGAAUGCCAGCCAAAACCCACUCCAAAAACAUAUCCUGUCUGCACAAUUACUAGUACUCCAUCAAAGUUUAUCCACUGUAUAGUCUGGGCAAAGGAUUUGCUCUUUGCGAAGUUGUUUGGGGACAAGAAUCUGGAGAAUGAUCUUUAUGUGCGUUCUAAUGAUGCUUCUAGCUCAUCAGAAAAUGUUGAAGAUGUCUUUGAACGAAGAGAAGGUGAAGAUCAUGAGAAGUAUGGACGGAGAAUAUAUGAUCAUGUCUUUGGACAUAACAUUGAAGCUGCUUUAGCAAAAGAAGAAACGUGGAAAACUAGAAAUAGACCAAAGCCUAUAUAUAGCAGGGAUGUCCUGCCUGACAAGCUUGUUCAACAGAAUGGGAAUUUGAAUAAGAACUCUACAGUUGAUGACCCAUUGUCAGUGUCUGCGAUGACUUCUCUGGGUCUUAGGAAUCCUCAGGAUGUUUGGAGCCUAGUAGAAAACACAAAAAUCUUCCUAGAGUCGCUGAAACUAUUUCUAGGAAAAAGAGAGAAGGAAAUUGGUAGCCUGAUUUUUGAUAAAGAUGAUCAGUUAGCUGUAGAAUUUGUUACUGCAGCAGCAAAUAUUCGGGCGGAUUCUUUUGGGAUUUCUAUGCAUAGCCUCUUUGAAGCUAAAGGCAUUGCUGGUAAUAUUGUUCAUGCUGUUGCCACAACAAAUGCUAUUAUUUCUGGCUUGAUUGUGAUUGAAGCAACCAAGGUUCUCCAAAAUGAUGUAAAGAACUAUAGGAUGACAUACUGUCUUGAACAUCCAUCAAGAAAGAUGCUUCUUAUGCCAGUUGAGCCAUUUGAGCCUAAUAAAUCCUGUUUUGUCUGUUCAGAGGCGCCACUGUCUCUUGAGGUUAACACAUUGCAUACGAAGCUGCGAGACUUUGUCGAGAAGAUUGUGAAAGCCAAGCUUGGCAUGAAUUUGCCAUUGAUUAUGCUUGGAUCAGCCCUUCUCUAUGAGGUUGGCGAUGACCUAGAGGAGGAUAUGGUGGCCAAUUAUGAAGCAAACCUUGAGAAGGUGCUAGCUGAGCUUCCUUCUCCAGUUACUAGUGGAACAAGGCUCACUGUUGAGGAUCUACAACAGGAAUUAUCAUGCGAUAUUAGUAUUAAACACAGAGAAGAAUUUGACGAGGAGAAGGAACCUGAUGGAAUGCUUCUAUCAGGAUGGACACAAGCACCUCAAGUGGAGAAAGAUAAUGAGAAGCCUCUUGGCCAUGGAGAGAGUACAUUAAUUGUAUCCAAGUUAAUGCCACUGGAGAGUGAGGACAAUGGUGAGAUAGAGAUUAUUUCCUCUGGGACAAAAAGAAAACUAUCUCAAAUUUCUGGCGAAAGCACUUCAACUUCUUGUGGAACUCAUUCUAAUGGAGGAGAACCAAAGUUGGAAGUAAUUGAUGACGAAGAUGAAGUUGUCAUUCUCGAUAAUUGGAAUGCAGAAACCAGCAAGAAGAAGAAAGUUUUGUAGUAGCUGAAGCCACUAUUAUUCAGGAUUGACUACGAAGGAGCUUCUGCCAUUGUAAUUUUGUAUCAUUGGGGAGAUAUUUAACUUGUUCUUUUGAUGUGUAACUUAACUCUCAACUUGGUUUGAUAGGUGCCAUACUUGUAAUCCUUUGCUUCAGGAAGACUCUUAAGAGUUCUUUUUUCUAAAUAGGUUGACUAGAAGGUUGUAUCAA